AUGGAUCAAGAUCUUGAAAUGUUCCCGUUACUCUCUUACGUCCUCCACCAGUUCGAUUCCGAGCACCACCCGCCGCCGUCUAUGGCCGUUCAACAAGCUCUUGCUCCUUCUUUUCCUCUUCUCACCGAACCACAAAUAAUGUCAUCGUUGACUCAGUCCAUCCCCACCACCAUCACACAGAUUCUUCACAUGGAUGAUUCUCUCUCCCCUGAGGAAGAGGCUAACGAGGAGAUAAAGCUGAGUGACUUGGAGGAGAAGCUUUCUUGUGUUUAUAACACGGCGGUGGAAUCUUUGCUGAGAAGCCGUGAAGAAGUGAACGAGGAGGUUGUUGCCUUGCUCGAGGCGGCUGAAUCCGGCACAGUUCUUGAGAGGAUCGAUCUCUCCCGUCAAGAACUUAAUCUUCUCCCUGAAGCGUUUUGCAAAAUCGUUGGCUUAGUUUCCAUGAACCUCUCAUGCAACAACUUGACGUUCAUACCUGAUGCAAUCUCCAAACUGAAGAAUCUUGAAGAGCUCGAUGUAUCUUCAAACUCUCUUGAAUCACUUCCUGAUUCUAUAGGAAUGCUUCUUAACCUUAAGAUCCUUAAUGUGGCUUCCAACAACCUAUCUGCACUCCCUGAUAGCAUCGCGCAUUGCAGGUCAUUGGUUGAGUUAGAUGCAAGUUACAACAACUUGACUUCACUACCUAAAAACAUCGGAUACGGAUUACAAAACCUCGAGAGAUUGUCUAUACAGCUAAACAAACUCCGCUAUUUUCCAGCCUCGAUAAUCGAAAUGCGUUCCCUAAAGUACAUUGACGCACACAUGAACGAGAUCCACGGGCUUCCAAAUUCCAUCGGCAGGUUAACAAGACUCGAGGUUCUAAACCUAAGCAGCAACUUCAACAACUUGGUGGGUGUCCCUGAGGCAAUCACUGACCUAACUAACCUAAAGGAACUUGAUCUAAGCAACAACCAAAUACAAACGUUACCCGACACGUUUCAUAGGCUGAAGAAGCUGGAGAAACUCAACUUGGACCAGAACCCGUUGGAGAUCCCGUCUCAAGAAGUGGCUAGCCAAGGAGUUGAAGCUGUUAGAGAGUUUAUGGAAAAUAGAUGGGAUGAGAUUAUGGUGGAAGAGGAACAGAGGUUUGGUGUUGAGCCUGAGCGGUGUGGAGAUGAAGCAGGAUGGGUCUCAUGGGGAACCUCUAUGGUUACUAAUCUUGUUUCUGGGAUGACUCAGACCGUUGGAUUCGGUGGAGGAUAUGAUGGCGAUAAGAAACAUGAAGAAUCAUGUUUUUAUCACCAAAUCUGAGUUCUGCUUUCUAAUUUUGGGGUGACUUCUUGUGAACAACACAUUAUUACCUUCUUGUGCAAGUUUGCAACAUAAAGAAAAUGUUACUAUUUUCAGAUACGUUUUCUCAAGGUUCAUAAUAAAAUAUAUUAUAGAUCAGUUAUUUUUGUGCACCAAACCGACGACAGGAGUGGAGCUUCUUCACGGAGGAUCUCGACCACGAAGAAGCUUGGUCGCGGUGGUAGGUGUCAGUGAGUGAAGCUUGACACAAAGAAGAAGUCGGAGCUCGAAUUCGCCAAGGUUCAUAGCGGCUUGACGUAGCGGGAAAGACACACCGCUAUG